GCGAUCUUGGCGCCAAGAGCACGACGUAGGCGUCGUGGCCGAUGUGCCAGCGUCUCAUUUUGAAAUUCCCUUUGCAUCCCACUCACUAUGGCACCGAUCCUUGCCGUUCCGGACGAGCGCGCGCGCCUCGUCGCAGCAGCGCUCGCCAUGCAGCUGCAGACGACAGCAGCCAAGAACCAGCGCAAGAAGAUGCUGACGACCAUGGAGGCGCUCUCGAUUGACGUCAAGAAGACCGUGACCGUGGUCAACCAGGCGUCGUUGCUGCAGGCAGCGCAAGUGCGACUGCGCGACGCGACGUUGAUUGGCCUCCAUACGGAGCCGGCCAUGACGACGCGGAAACCGGAGGAGCCCGUGUCGGUUGUCGUGCUUGCGAUGCGCGAUGCGAGCGGCGUCGAAGAGGUGUUUCUCUGGGAUCUCCUCGCGCUCGACCCGAUGGACUGCGACGACGCACUCGCCGAGAUCUUUGCAUCGCACAAUGUCGUCAAGCUGGGCCAUAGCAUUCUUCCGACACUGCAGGCGCUUCACGAGGCGUACCCGUCCGCCGCCUGCUUCCAACAGCUCAGCCACGCCGUUGAGGUGAACGCGCUUUUGCAGCGGCUGACCCACUCGGCGGUCUUCUUGAGCCUCGAGAAGCUCGUGACGGUGUGUUUGCGCCGACGCCUUCCCAAAGCGCCCCACGCCGAGUGGCACCUGCGACCGCUCUCGGUGCCGCAGCGCACCCGGGCCGCGCUCGACGCGCUUGCGCUGCUCUGGCUCCACGACGCGAUGGUCGCGCACCUCGACGGCACGCUAGCGUCGCUCAGCACGACGUACGACGUCAGUGGCAAGACCAAGGUGGCCUGCGCGCUCUGCAAGCGCAAGUUCAAGUCCCCGAUGGCGCUCAGCCAGCACGCAACGACGUGCGUGCCCAAGCCCAAGGUCGAGCUCCACUGCGCCAAGUGCACGCAUGUCUUCCGGAGCGAAGCCAGCCUUGUGCGCCACCACUGCGUCCCACCCAAAGCCGCCGACCACAAGUGCGCAGUGUGCAGCCGCGCCUUCUCGACCAAAGUCGGCCUUGAGCACCAUAGUGCGACGCACCAGCAACAAGAACCAAUGGCAGAACCCAAGGCGCCCAAGGAGAAGAAGAAGCUCGCGUGCGGCCACUGCACCCGCAAGUUCAAGACGCACGCGUCGUUGAAGCGCCAUACGGAAAACUGUGACGCUGCUAAGCCCAAGCCAGUGGCAGUCGAAGCGGCCAAGCCCAAGGGUACAGCUGCCACCAAAGUCGAAGCUACCAAGGCACAGGAGCCCGCCAAGAUCGAUACUGCCAAGCUUGUCACUGCAACGCCGGUGGUCAAGGUCGAAGCUGUAAAGCCCAAGGAACCGGUGGCGAAGGCGGAUGCCGCCAAGGCCAAGACCACCGCCUUACCCACCAAGCCGACAGCAACGGGACAUGUGGAGGCCAUCAAGCCGAAAGAAGCUCCGGUCAUCUCGGCACCGACACCAAAGGUCGAGGCGCCGGCACUUGCCCCUAAGAAGGUCGGAUCCACCAAGCUCAAGAAGGUUGAAUCCAAGGCGGCCCCAGUGGUUGCGCACAAGGCAGAGACCCCCAAGAAAAAGGUCACCGCCGCCAAGACGACGUCCCCCAAGCAGCCCAAGAGUGUUGCUUCGGGCGCAAAGCCGACGGUGGUCGUUGAGAGCGCCGACUUCCUCUUGGAUGCGCCGGUGUCGCACGACGCCGUCAGCUACCGAUACCUCCUCAACGUCGGUGUCAACCUCCACACUGUCAAUCACGCCGCACCGAGCAACGUGGUGACAACCGCGUCUUCGCCAAAGCUGGUGUCACAAGCCUCGACCGUUGCGCUCAGCCCCGACUCGAACAACGACUACCUCCUCGACGCCUCGAUGACGCACGAUGCGGUUGCGUACCGCUACAGCCUCGGCCUCACGUCGCAGCCCGUGCAGUAGUCCGCACAUACACAUCGAGUAGUAUAACGUAGCAAUAGGUCAUCACUCUACAUGUUGAUGUUCUAUGUGGACCGUGGACGGAUGCAGAAGAUCGCGAAUCGGUGGCCUGUCAGCACCUUUUUCCAAACGAGCAUUUUAAAAUCCAUUUAAACAGUACUUUAUACGUAUACAAAUG